CCCACCCCUCUUCUCCCACCCGAGCAAAUGCUCCAUCUUCAUCUCCUUCUUUCUGCAACACAACCAGCCAUCCCCUUCUUUCUGCAUCACCCUUUUUGCAUCACCAUCAUCAAAGUUGAAAUUUACACAACCUAUUUGAACCCAAAUAUGAUUCCCAAAUCUUGACACACGGCAUGGCGUGGAUUGACGCCUUCGACACCGGCGGCUGACUAUCCUUGCCACCCAGCCCCUGCAGCAGCAAGUCCAGGUCCGAAUGCCUUUCGUUCACCACCACCCGUUGAUGAGGACGAUUCCUUCCCGCGGGUUUCGUCUUUCCGGAUUUUCUCCAUCUGGGUCUUCCGGUCAUGUUGCGGCGGAGGCGGCUACACCUAAGACUAAGGGCACGAGCACAGAGAGCUCUCGAUCUCGAUCCCUCCUCAUGAGCCAGUCGAAAACUCAGCUUCCGGUCCAGGAAAUUUUCAGACUCAGACACACACACUUUGCCACGCUGACGAGCAAUCAUUCUUGUUACAAUUCAAGGAAAGCUUUACGAUAGACAAGUCAGCUUCUUCAUCUCCUUUUGCUUAUCUGAAGGUUGCAUCUUGGGCUCAAGAAGGAGAUCAAAAUCAGAGUAACUGUUGUUCGUGGGAUGGUGUUGAGUGCCAUGCGGAGUCUGGCCGUGUCAUUGGCCUCGACCUCAAGAGCAGCUGUCUUUAUGGUUCUAUCAAUUCCAGCAGCACCCUUUUCCAACUUGUUCACUUGCAAAUGCUUGACCUCUCAGAUAACAACUUUAAUUCCUCUGAAAUACCAUCAAGAUUGGGCCAUGACCUAUCGAAUCUGUCUUAUCUCAACCUUUCACGGUCUGCAUUUUCUGGCCAAAUUCCAUCUGAAAUUUCAAAGCUAUCCAAACUGUCUACCCUUGUUCUGUCUUACAAUAAUGGUUUGGAGCUUAGGAAGUCCAUCCUGAGAAUCCUAGUCCAAAACUUGACCAGCAUAAAACAACUUCAUCUUAGUCAUGUAGGCAUAUACUCCACUGUGCCUGAUAUCUUGGUCAAUGCAUCUUUUCUCACAUCUCUCAACCUAAGCUACUGUGGGUUGUAUGGGGAAUUCCCAGUAGGCAUUUUCCACCUACCAAACCUAGAGGAGCUCAGUUUAUACUCGAACAUAAAGCUAAAUGGUUAUUUUCCUCCUUUCAACAGGACCAAUUCUUUCAAAACAUUGGUUGUUUCAAUGACAAAUUUCUCUGGUGAACUUCCUAGUUCUAUCGGAAACCUUCAUUCCUUAAAUUACCUUGAUAUCUCAAACUGUGGUUUUGAUUCCCAUGUUCCAUUUUCUUUGGGAAACCUUACCCAGCUCAGUUUCCUUAAGAUGACUUCAUUUCAUAACGUUUCCGCAGGCCAAUUCAUAGUUUCCAAUUCCUUGUCCUAUUUUGGAAAACUAACCAAGCUCAACCACUUGGAUCUUUCGGGUAUUAACUUACAGGGAAAUUUCCCACGUUUUGUGGCUAACCUGACCCAACUUGCGUUUCUAGAUUUAUCUGCCAAUACAUUAACUGGUGAAAUCCCAUCUUGGCUUGCAGUAGAGUCGACCCAAUUAACUUUUCUGCAUCUCAGCUUCAACGAAUUGCAAGGAGCAGUUCCUAAGUCGCUUUUCCACCUCAGAAAUCUUGAAUAUCUUGGCCUUUCCUCUAAUAAUUUGAGUGGAUUAGUUGAGUUUGAUGAGUUUUCCAACCUCAAAAAGUUGAAGAUACUUGGUUUAUCGUACAACAGGUUAUCCGUGCGUGUCAAAUCUGGUUCGAGUGAUACUCUUCCAAAGUUCGAAUUUCUAAGGUUGGCUGCUUGUAACUUGACAGAAUUUCCAGAAUUUUUGAAAAAUCAAUAUGAAUUGGGAGCCCUAGAACUUUCUGGUAACAAUAUUCAUGGCCAAAUACCAAAAUGGGUCUGGAAUGCAACUAGAGAAACUUUGGUCAAUCUCGACCUCGAUCAUAACUUCUUAACAGGCUUUGAGGGAAAUCCAGUCACUCUUCCAUGGAAAAAUCUGCAGGUUUUUAAUCUUGAGAAUAAUCGGUUACAAGGGUCAUUGCCAAUUCCACCACAAUCUAUCAUGUCUUACAUUGUCAGCAUCAAUAAUUAUAGUGGAGAAGUUUUACCAUUGUUCUGCGACUUGAAUUAUCUUCAAGUUCUUAGUUUGGCCAACAACAAUCUGAGUGGCAUGCUUCCAGAGUGUUUGGGGAAGUCCAAUAGCUUGGAAAUACUGCAAUUGAUGUUUAAUUCUAUCCACGGCGAUAUUCCUCCAUUUUGUGCUAACAAAAAUAAUUUGAAAUUGGUUGGGUUGGGUUACAAUCGGUUACAGGGGAAGCUACCAAGAUCAAUGGCCGAUUGCACUCGGUUAGAGUUUCUUGACAUUGGCAACAAUCAGAUCAGUGACAUCUUCCCUUCUUGGUUAGGGGUACUUCAGUAUUGAGGGGUCUCAUUUUGGGGUCGAAUGCAUUUCAUGGGAUAAUUGGGAAGCCUCCAACUAAUCAUGAGUUCCCAAACUUGUGCAUCAUUGAUUUAUCCAACAAUCUGUUUUCAGGUAUGUUGCCUUCUAUGUACAUGGAGAACUGGAAUUUCAUGAAAUAUGUUGUCGCAAACAAGGGAAGCCGGUACUUUAGAAUCUCUUCGAACGUCAGCACAAAUAAAUAUGGAGAUUACUAUCAAAUUUCUUACAAUAUGAUAAUUCCUGUAAAAGGUGUUGAAUUGACAUAUGAUAAGACCCCCUAUAAUCUGAGACUCAUAGAUUUCUCAAGUAAUAGAUUUGAAGGAGAGAUUCCAGCAAGUAUCAUUAGGAGUCUAAGAGAACUUCAGUUGCUAAACCUCUCCAACAACGCUCUCUCUGGUCACAUCCCCUCAUCUCUUGGGAACUUGAUUGCUCUUGAAUCGUUGGAUCUCUCUCAAAACAAGCUCUCAGGAAGGAUCCCCAGUAGUUUGGCACAACUCACUUUCCUUGAGUACUUCAAUGUGUCGCAUAACCAUCUUUGGGGGCCUAUACCACUUGGCCAACAAUUUGGUACAUUCCUAGAAGAUUCAUACCAAGGAAACUCAGGUUUGUGUGGAAAGCCUUUGUCCAAGAAAUGUGAGGGUUCUGAGAUCUCGAGGCUGCCGCCACCAUCAAGCUUUGAAGAAGAUGAAGAGGCUGGAUCUCCAUUUGAGUUUGACUGGUAUGUAGUCUUGCCAGGAGUUGUUAGCGGACUAAUAGUGGGAGUGGUUGCUGGAAACACAUUGGCAGACAAGAAGCAUGAAUGGUUUGUGGAGACAUUCAGCAGGAGGAGGAAGCCAAGAACCGCAAGGGUGACGAGGGGACGCCGAACUUAGCUUGAUGUGUCUACCGGUUAGAGAAAUGUUUCGGCCCUCAAGGCCAAUGUCAUGUUUUUUAUAAUCUCUGGUGCUUCAGCAUAUGUUGUUAUGUUAUAUUACAAUAAGUUCUAUAAGUUUGCUUUGUAUAAUAUUUCUACUUGAUCAAA